AUGAAACCUGUUUGUUUUGUCAUCUUUCCCCUAUCCCUAGCGGCUGUCCUCAAACAUGGCAACAGUAACACAGCUGUCGAUUUCGCACGACGCGGCUUGGGCGAUGACUUGAGCACCGAUCUUAUUCUCACGGAUGAUGAUACGCAUGUGAAGGCUGAGAACAAACGUGGGCUUGGUGACGACUUGAGCACCGAUCUUAUUCUGACGGAUGAUGAUACGCAUGUGAAGGCUGAGAACAAACGUGGACUUGGUGACGACUUGAGCACCGAUCUUAUUCUGACGGAUGAUGAUACGCAUGUGAAGGCUGAGAGCAAACGUGGACUUGGUGACGACCUGAGCACCGAUCUUAUCCUCACGGAUGAUGAUACGCAUGUGAAGGCAGCAGAGAGGAAGCGAACGACAAAGGCUUUUUAA